AUGGCUGAGCUGCUCCGGUCGCCUGCAGCGACGAGGAUACGUGUGGACGGAACUGAUGCCGGGGUGUUCAAGGCGCUGCUCCACUUCAUCUACACGGACGCGCUGCCGGAAGAGAUGGCGAAGCGAGAGACGUUGGCGACGAUGGCGAAGCCGCUGCUCGUGGCGGCGGACAGGUACAAGCUGGACAGGCUGAAGUUGAUCUGCGAGGAGGCGUUGUGCGGGCACAUCAAUAUAUUUUCGGUCGGCGCCACACUGGCGUUUGCUGAGCAGCAUUGUUGCCGCGUGCUUAAGGAGGCUUGCAUGCACUUCCUCGCUGAUCCGUGUAAUCUUGAAGCAGCCGUGGCAACCCGUAGUUUUGAUCAGCUGAAAGCAGCUUACCAUCCAACUCUCAUGUGGAAGCAGUAG